GCCGUGAGAGGACGUGUCGGAUACCGUGCCGGACACAUACAUCUGUAUUCUUCUGCCCAGGAAAUGAAAUCCGUAUUCUAAAAGCGUGAAAACUACCUAGCCCAAGAUGACGGUGGAUUUUGAAGAAUGUAUUAAAGAUUCACCCCGAUUUAGGGCAAACAUUGAUGAAGUGGAGACGGAGGUUGUUGAGAUUGAGGCAAAGCUAGACAAGCUAGUGAAGCUUUGCAGUGGGAUGAUUGAGGCAGGGAAGGCAUAUGUCACGGCCAACAAGCUCUUUGUCAAUGGGAUCCGGGACCUGUCUCAGCAGUGCAAGAAGGAUGAAAUGAUCUCGGAGUGCCUGGAAAAGUGUGGGGAAAGCCUCCAAGAAAUUGUCAACUACCACAUGAUUCUGUUCGAUCAAGCCCAGAGGUCUGUCAAGCAACAGUUGCACAACUUUGUAAAAGAGGACGUCCGCAAGUUUAAGGAAACCAAGAAGCACUUUGAUAGGGUCCGUGAGGACAUGGAGAUAGCCCAGGUGAAGAAUGCCCAGGCACCAAGGAACAAGCCUCAUGAAGUAGAAGAGGCAACCAGCACUCUCAGCAUCACCCGCAAAUGUUUCCGACACCUUGCUCUGGACUAUGUGCUCCAGAUCAAUGUCCUCCAGGCCAAGAAGAAAUUUGAGAUCCUAGAUGCAAUGCUGUCAUUCAUGCAUGCACAGUACUCGCUGUUUCAGCAGGGCUACAACCUCCUGGAUGAGAUAGACCCUUACAUGAAGAAACUGGCUGCUGAGCUGGAUCAGCUGGUGAUUGAUUCGGCAAUGGAGAAGAGGGACAUGGAGCAUAAACAUGCAACCAUACAGCAGAGGACCCUCAUGCAGGACUUCGCUUAUGAUGACUCUAAAGCUGAGUUCAACGUGGAUGCUCCUAAUGGUGUAGUAAUGGAAGGCUACCUGUUCAAGAGGGCCAGUAAUGCCUUCAAGACAUGGAACAGACGCUGGUUCUCCAUACAGAACAGUCAGCUGGUCUAUCAGAAGAAGCUCAAGGACUCACUGACAGUAGUGGUAGAAGACCUCCGACUGUGCUCUGUCAAACCAUGCGAGGACAUUGAGAGGAGGUUCUGUUUUGAGGUCGUCUCUCCCACCAAGAGCUGUAUGCUUCAGGCGGAAUCGGAGAAGCUUCGGCAAGCCUGGAUUCAAGCAGUUCAAGCUAGCAUUGCCUCAGCCUACCGAGAGAGCCCUGACACCUACUACAUAGAGCACCUGGACAGAACAGCCUCCCCAUCCACCAGUAGCAUAGACUCAGCCACCGAACCCCGGGAGCGCAGCAUCCGAGGGGAGACCAUCCUGCAGAGGAUCCAGUGUCUUCCGGGGAAUGAGCAUUGCUGUGACUGUGGUCAGGCCGACCCACGCUGGGCCUCAAUUAACCUUGGCAUCUUGCUUUGCAUCGAGUGCUCUGGCAUUCACAGGAGUCUUGGAGUUCACUGUUCUAAGGUGCGCUCACUCACACUGGAUUCUUGGGAACCAGAGUUACUAAAGUUAAUGUGUGAGCUCGGAAACAGUGUCAUCAACCAUAUUUAUGAAGGUUCAUACCAAGAACAAGGUUUGAAGAAACCAUUACCAAACAGUUCAAGACAGGAAAAGGAGGCAUGGAUUAAGGCAAAAUACGUAGAGAAAAAGUUCCUGAAGAAGCUGGGCUCCACAGAGAUACUCAUCAAUGGCGAGAGGAAGUCAGAGCGGCGGUGGAGUGUGAAGAAGUGCCGGAGACACAACAGUGCGACGACGGUACCCAAAACACGACGGAGAUACCGACAAGAGCCAGGAAGUGCCUCCCCUGCCACCCUCUCCUCAGCAGCUGCAAAGUUCCGGCGAGACUCCCUAUUUUGCCCAGAUGAGCUGGACUCUCUCUUCUCCUACUUUGAUACAGGAUCUGGACCUCGAAGCCUGAGCAGUGACAGUGGACUGGGAGGAAGCACAGACGGCAGCAAUGACAUCCUGGUGUUUGGCUCAGUGGUGGAUAGUGUCACAGAGGAGGAGUGUGAGAUGUCAGAAGACUCAAGCGGUGAGGUUGAGCUGGAGGCGGAGCCAGAGACGUCAGACCCAGAGGACGUGAGGGAGAUUCACCCCGGAGCGCUGCUCUAUAAAGCCUCCAAGGCCCGCAACCUGCCUGUCAUGGCUGAAGCGCUGGCCCACGGGGCUGACGUCAACUUAAUCAGUGACGAGGAUGAAGGAAAGACACCCCUCAUCCAAGCUGUGAUUGGGGGUUCACUGAUAGCCUGCGAGUUCUUGCUUCAAAAUGCUGCUGACGUCAACCAAAGAGACGCAAGAGGGAGGGGACCCCUGCAUCAUGCCACCUAUCUGGGACACACAGGGCAGGUGUGCCUAUUCCUCAAAAGGGGAGCUACGCAGAACGAUGGUGACGAAGAUGGACAGGACCCUCUGAGUAUAGCUGUGCAGCAAGCCAACGCUGACAUAGUCACCUUGCUGCGUCUGGCUAGGAUGAACGAGGAGAUGCGAGAGUCAGAGGGACCCUUCGGUCAGCCAGGAGACGCCACGUACCUUGACAUCUUCAGGGAGUUUUCCCACAUGGCAUCCCACAACCCAGAGAAGUUGAAGCGCAGGAGUGUACACUUCCGCCACUCCUUCAGGUAGUCCACUAAAAACUCGGAGGUACCUGAGAGCGACGAUAUACUUGAAAAGUGCAACAGCCACUUUCUCCGUUUAGCCAGGAGGCUGUAACAGCCCAUCAUCCUGUGUUUUGAAUUUGACAAACCUUUAUGAACUCGCUGUGUCUUACAAAAGCCACUCUGUAACAAAUCAUGACGUCAUUGUAACGGUGAGGAUCCAGUCUGCCCAUGUAACUGUGCACUAAAUAUAUAUAUAUAUAUAUAUAUAUAUAUGAAACAUGCAACGCUGCAUGCCAAGGACAUGCAGCACAGAAUUUUGAUGCAUUUAAAAUGGAAACUUGUGAAGAAUUCUCUGAAAAUCCCUUGUUUUGUACAACACUACAAAGCCCACUUUACUCCAAAGACAAAUUUAAACAACCACUCUAUGAAGUACAUUUAUUGCCAAGUGAGGACAUUGUUAUAUAUAUUGAGCAGAACCUUUGAUGCUGAAUUUUGAAAUAAUUUUUAAUCGUCCUCUUUUUUUAAAAUAUUGCUGUGUUAAGUAUCUGCAAGACCCGUGUGCUGUUCUGAGAUUGAGCCUUUAUUUUCAUAAGAAAUUUGUGUACUGUAUUAUUUUUUACUAUGAGGAUUCGCUGGUCUUUUCCUCUCUUGUAUAGCCUACAUUUGAUCAAUAUUAGAUUUCCUCCCUAAGUCCUCAAGCACUUAACAGUUGUUUUUUCUCUCUCCUCUGAUCUUUAUGGCCUGUUGUCCUCUGUGACGUCUUUGGUGGUGUAAACUACUAAUAAGACACGUUAGUCCCUAGCUAACGAGUCUGACCCUUUAGCCGAGCGGUUAGUGACGUCGCCUUGUGGUGCAGUACACCCCGUAUCAAAUCCCGCACCGGGCAAGAAAAUAACCGGCUACAGUAGGAAGCAUUAUGAUUGUAUGUCUGUGAUCAGUUUUAUCAUUUGCAUCAGUGCAUACUGAAUUGCGUCAAAGUUUUACAUGAAUGGGAAUGGAUUAUUAUUAUUAUUAUUGUAUUUCUGUAUGUGUACUGCAUGCAGUUAUGCAAUUCAUAUUUCAUUCUCAAAGUUGAAUUCAGCUACAGUCUAUCUACAGUAUAAAGCUAAACUGUUGUAUUGAUAGAGGUGACACAUUACCUUUUUAGCUAUCACCAUCGCCAAUUCAUCAUCUUGAUAUUUUGCAUUGACUAUGCUGGUGUAGUCUCGAUAAUAUUUUGUUUAAAUGUACUACUAUAUAUAUAUAUAUGUCAUCGUGCACAGUGCCAAUAUGAAUUGCGAUGCUGAAAUUGGUUUUUGAACGUAGUAGAGGCAAAAAUGGUAAUAUAUCUUAAUUGAGUGUUAUGUGAACAGGAAAACUGAUGAAAGAUGUUCG